AUGACCGUAGUCUCCAAUGAUCCCGCUUGGUGGUCGGCCAUCAAUACAAAUCGUUUGGACAGCUAUUUUGCAGUCGCCGCCUUUGUUGCAGCGAUGCAUGAUUGGUUACUCACAUUUGGACAAGAGGUGGAAUUGAUCUGGAGACAACGAUGGUCCCUAAUGACAGCUCUGUAUCUUGGUGCGCGUUACCUCGGAAUCUUAUACGCUGUGCUGAACAUGCUAAGCUGGAUUAUCUACGUCGUAUUGGAUUGGACUGGUGUCGUGGUAUUUGCGAUGCUGUGGGUUAUCAUCAUCACGCGGUUGCAUGCCAUGUAUCAAGGAUUCAGAAAGAUCCUGAUAUUUCUCAUUGUCACCUUCCUGGCCAUCAACACUUUCAAUGCAGUGUCCACCAUAAUGACAACGACGCAUACUUCAGGGGAGGAACUCAUUCUCUCCGGCACUCAUCAGUGUCAGUUCGAUGAUACGGAUAAUAUGGCACUUCUGGCUUCCAUUACUUGGAUACUCGGUACCGCAUGGGAGGUCAUCGCAUUAUGUCUCGCAGUCUGGAUUGCGGCCAAACACAUUCGUGAACUGCGACAACAUUCGGCAGGAGGAAUUAUCGAGGACUGUUUCAUGGUGUUGAUGAAAACUCACGCGCUUUACUUUGCGAGCUUCGUUGCUGUUUCUUGCUUUCAUCUCAUUCUUGUGUUCUCUCCAACAUUCUCAGCGAGCAUUCCCCUGGACAAUCAGAUUAUUUCCGGGUUUGUUCAGAUUUUUGACAUCGUGCAGCUAUUUGUGUUGGGACCACGCCUGAUCCUUGGUAUUCGAGAAUACCACGCCAAGCUUGUUGCUAAUUCCGAUGCAGCAACUAGUAUGACCUCAAUCGCUUUCCAGGAGCGCGUGGAAAUAUCGACUGGUAGUGGUGUGUGA